GCAACAGCUGUGAAUUUUUUUUAUUUUUGUAUUGAUUUGGUUCUCAUCCUCUUAACCACAUUAUGGUUCCUACGGUCUGUUGAAGCGAUUUUGGGUGACAAAUCAUACAUUUCUUCAGUCGUAAGCUUUGUUAGGCGUCCGUCGCUGUUUGACGUGUGUGUCCCGGUAACUGAUAAAGACUUCAGUGGGAAGCUGAAAGAAAGAAGAAAAUAAAACCACAGAAACGGGGAACGGACCCGACGCGGUUGCAUCUGUGCCUGCGAACUUUUAUUGCAUAUGAUGACCUCUCCCACAGAACUAACCACUUUGUGAUAAGUGCUCCUGUGUAAAGUGCUAAUAAAAAGUGUGUUGAACGAAACAUGAGCAAGGCAUUAGUUUCUCCGAAGGUUAUGUACACGCUUACACGAGAUUGAUUAUGCGAGAAGAUAUCAUGAAGUCAACACUGUGUCUUCAAAUUCCAUGUUGCUGGCUGUUUCCUUAGCGUGCGAGUCGAAGCUCUCGGAAUCUGGGUCUUCGACCGCCGAGCUCUCUGGCAGAUCCGUCCCCGUCGGCUGGCGUGACGUCCGGCACGGGGACUGUCGGGCGGUGGCAGCGGCUCGUCCGAGGCCGUCACGGACCUCGCGGCCUCACCACUUGGUAAUCCACGAAGUCUGACCCCACACCAUUGCUGCCGGUGGAAAGCGACGGCCGACUGCAUCCGUCUCGGAGGAACACACGACCGGCACGAGGAAGACGGACUCUGCCAUGUCGACGGGACCACUGGCCCGCGGUGACGAGGCGGAGGGGCUGAAGACGCACAUCUCGACAGCGCUCGGAGGACUGCUCGACCGAGCCCUCAACAACCAGCCGGAGAAGGGACUCGGCCCAGGUGGCUCCGUCCAUCUCGACCGGCCACCGCCUACCCGGUCGAACUCGGCAUACACCUCGGAGCUGGCCAGGCAGGUGCACCGGCUGAUCACGAAGCCGUCCCCGGCGAGGCUGGUGCUGCUCCGUGCGACGGAGCGCGCCACCGGCGUGCCUGACGCGCAGCCGUACUACACCUGCUUCUACUGCGAGUGCCGGUUCGAGCAGCAGAGCACCCGCAACAGGCACAUGGGUCGGGCGCACAGGAGCGAGAUGAUUUGCUCGAGGUUGAAGCGGGAGAAGCCGGAGGAUGACCCGGACGACGUGGACGUCGCAGUCGAGUCCGACAACAGUUGGCAUGAACCGAACAACACCAUUUGGAUGCCCGGCGUGCCGGCCGGAGACACGGGAGCUGAUGGCGAUUUCCUCUGCCCAGAGACGAAGCCUCCGGCAGUGGGGUCUCCGGCCUCAGUGUACCCCCUCGGAUCCGGUGGCUGGCCGGAGACGAACGGCACGGGAGCGGUAGGCGUUAGCAAUGGCGCGCCGGGGUUCGCUGCGCCCCCGGCUUCGGCAGCGCACGUCACGGAGCGGCAACCAGCCAGCACGACGACAGCAGGCUCUGCCACGUCGACGGAACAGGUGGGCCGCAGUGACCGGUCGACUGGGCUGAAAACGCAGAUUUCGACAGCUCUCGGAGGGCUCCUGGACCGAGCCCUCAACAACCGGCUGGAGAGGGGACUCAGCCUGGGCCUCAACCGACAGACGCUGAGCCAGCUGCAGGAGCAGACGACGCACCGCCCCGCGCCCACCUCCGCGUCGGGAGGGUCGUCGACGGGCCGGUGGCGACGUGUGUACAACACAGAGCUGGCGAAAAAAGUGCGACAGCAGCUGAUGCCGAUAUCUUCCCGCAAGCUUCCGGUCCGACGGCGUGCAGCUGUGGGCGCUGCCGGCAACUCCGACUCUCACCGCUAUGCCUGCUUAUACUGCGAGAGCCGGUUCGACCAGCAGCUCAAUCACCAGGCGCACAUGAUACAGGCGCACAAGGACGAGAUGAUCUCCACCAAGCCGAAGCACGUGAAGCCCGAGAGCGACCCGGGCGACGCAUCUGCCGGUGAAGACUCCGACCACAGUUGGCGUGAACCGAGCCCCACCUGUUUGAUGGCAGACGCACCCUGCGGAGACACGGGAGGUGACGGCAGUUUCAUCUGCUCAGAGUCGACGUCUUCGGCCGGCCGGUCGGAGACAGACGGUGCAGGAGUGGCGGGUGGCGGCAGUGGCCCGUCAGAGUCCGCCGAGACUGCGUCACCGGACGCGACUGACGACUCGUCGCGCGUGCUGACCUGCCCGCACUGCCUCAGACUGCUGGCGGGGAAGGACGCUCUGGCGGCACACGUCGCCGAGGAGCACCGGGCCAGCAUGACGACAGGCUCCAUCACGUCGACGGGACAGCCGGGCGGUAGCGACCGGUCAUUGGGGCUGAAGACGCAGAUUUCGACGGCUUUUGGUGGACUGCUGGACCGAGCCCUCAACAACCGGCUGGAGAAGGGAGUCGGACCGAGGUUUCAGCAACUGAGCACUUACAACAGACACCUGCUGCACGCGCACAGGAGUGAAAUGACCUGCUCCUGGUUGAAGCAGGAACAGCCCGAGGACGACCCGGGUGACGUGUCUGCCGGUGAAGACUCUAAUCGCAAGUCCACACUUUCGGCCCCCGAGUGCCCUGGCGAAUCGGCCGGCCGGCCGGAGACAGGCGGCGCAGGAGCGGCAGGUGGCGGCGGUGGCUCGUCAGAGUCCACCGCGGCUGCCGAGGCCUCGGCUCCAAAUGUGACUGCCGACUCGUCACACGUGCCGGCCUGUCCGCACUGCCGCAUACUGCUGGCGGGGAAGGACGCACUGGCGACACACGUCGCCGAGGAGCACCCGGCCAGUGUGGCGACAGACGACUCCGCCGAGUCGACAGUGACGCCGGGCUGCAGUGACGAUUCGAUAGGGCUGAAGACGCACAUUUCGUCAGCUCUGGAAGGGCUGCUGGACCGGGCCCUCGACAACUGGCCGGAGAGGGGACUCGGCCGAGGUGGCUCUGCCCACCUCUCCAGCCCCGACCGGCCGAUGCCGAGCCACCGGGGACCCGCCGGACAGACCCAGCCGCGCAAGGCCGACUCGCAGCGCUACGCCUGCUUCUACUGCGAGUGCCGGUUCGAAAACCUGAGCGCUCACAAGUGGCACACGAUUCACACGCACACGAACGAAAUGAUCUCCUCCGAGUCGAAGGGAGUGAAGCCCGAGGACGACCCGGCUGACGCGUCUGCCGGUGAAGACUCCAACUACAGUUGGCGUGACCUGAGCCCCACCAUUUGGACAUCGGACACACCUGCCAGAGGCACGGGAGGUGAUGGCGAUUUCAUCUGCUCAGAUUGCGGCAUCAACUUCAGAACUCUGCUGGAAGUAGAUGCACACCGCGAAGCGGAGCACGGUCGGCCCGAGUUCCCACCGCGGGAUUCGGGAGCCGCGCGGGAUACGGUCCGCGACGGCUGCACGGAGGGAGACGCCGAAUCCGGUUGGGCCGCUCCUGCCUCUCCGCCCGAGGGAGAGCUCAUAGAGCGGCAGGUGACGGAGACGCACGUGCAGGACACGCGGGCCGCUUUCGACCUGACAGUGGUGGAAGCUGACCCACUCGUGCCUCCACAGCAAGAGAUUGAGACCAUAUUCGUCAAGGAAGAGACUUCGUUUCUGCACGAAUGGGAGUCACCUGACGGCCUCAGUAUUGCACGGGAUCCCCUGAGCUUCGAGGAAGAGGUCGAGGGACCUACCGAUGAUCUGAUUCCUAUUUGUGAUCUGCAGACCAUUAAGACAGAGGUUGUUGAAGAUCCAUUAGCAGUCUCGGGGCUCAUCGACUGUAUUAAUGAGGAUCAAGAAUUAGGUUUAGGAACGGAUACAACUGACGAAGAGGCAGCCACCAGAGGGCAUACUUCAGCUAUUACACGUACCACCGUCCCGACUUCGACCGGCCCGUCGGUCUCGGAGAUCGGCGGCGUCGGACGUGACGCCCCCGACUCGACCCACCUCGGCUCGGCACCGGACGCGGUACCGGUGACGGGCGACACUACUGCUCCGGCCUCGACGUCCGGUGGCAAUUCUGACAGUGGUAACGGCGCAACCGAUACUUGUAGAGGGGGAACCGUCACGGGCAGUGUCGAAAAUGGUUCGGGAGAGGAGCGGCACUGUGGCGGUGCCGGCUCGCCCGGUACUGCCCACGUGAAGCCGCCAUUUUCCUAUGCGGAGCUCAUCGCGAAAGCCAUAACCCAUUCGCCUCACAGGAGGGCGACGCUGUCGGAGAUCAACGCCUACAUCGUGAGUCGCUUUCCCUACUACGAGCACAAGAAAGGCUGGCAGAACUCGAUUCGCUACAACCUCUCGCUGCACAGGUGCUUCGUCAAAGUGCCGCCGGAGGGCGGCAACAGCAGAGGCAACUACCGGAGUGGCUGUCGCAAAGGCAACUACUGGAUGCUCGACCCGAAAUAUGAGGCAAUGUUCGAGAGCGGCAACUUCCGACGUAACGGGCGCGUGAAGUGGUCGCCUUGGAGGUGUCCCGGGGCGGCGACCUCCUCCGCACUGCCCUCGGGCACCGGUGCCGUCUACCGCCCACACUACGUGCACCGGAACGACCGCCAGCAGCCGGUGGCACCCCAGUUGCAGGGCGCCCCCGUCGCGUUACUCUUGGGGCCCGCGCAGCUCCGGGCAGCAGCUCCUGCCGAGAGCGGGGGCGGAGACUUCGGCACCGGAGACGGAGCCGUAUCACCUCACGCGACCCUGCCAAACGCGGCGUACGAGCAGAGGUCUAUUCAACCUUCUGAUGGGAAUGACAGUGCUUCAUUUGAAGAAAGUAAUCACCAAGAUGUGGCACCUGAUGAUGUGGUUGUGGAGCAAGAGAAGCCAACACCCUUCAUCAGUUGUAAUGUUCCGACACAAGGAAUUGUCUCACCAGAGGACAAUUCCAUCUGCAGUGCAGACAAUACGAGCACUGCAGACAAUAACAUUUCCGUCUUCACCUGCAGUUCGUGCCUACAGAGUUUUUCGUCAAAAUACAGCCUCGUAAUGCACGUGUUCCUCCACGUCGACGGUGUGGAGCCGCCGUCACACGUGUGUAGAUACUGUGGAGAAGUGUUUCUCACUCGUCGCGGCCUGAAUAAGCAUUUGAGGACGAAAGACGGUGACGAGACUGUGAGUGCACACACGUUUUCUGACACUAGAAAAAAGCUCGUCUAAUCAUCUAGGAGAGGGAUGUGUUUGUACAGGGGGUGAGUUACACUGAAGCAUUUACUAAGUCAAGAAAAACAACUACCGCCCAAAAUAAGUUCCGGGAAUUUCUCCUCCUGCUCUCAGUAAAUAAAAUAUUUUUGUUUUAUUCCAUAAAUUACAUAAAUAACUGUAUAUUAAUUCACGGCAAAGCUCUUCAGCUUUGAAUAUUGUCUGGUCAAAUAAUGUGUUUGUAUUAUAUAAAUUUUGUAAUUAGUUUAAGUUUGCUCAGUAAUGUUUGAUGAGUUGAUUUGUAGACAUACUUUAUUUAAAUUCAUAUGUAUUCAGUGCCGCAUGUGUCGCAGAUACAAUGAAACAAGUUGAAUGAUACUUAAAUAUAUACUGAAGAAAUUGUGUUAAGUUUAUUUUCUUAAGUAAGUUACAUUCAUUGUAAUCUUUAAAGAUGUUGAAUAUUUUGAAGAUAUUUUUGAAACUAUUACCUUCUUGUUAAUACUCAUGUCAAGCUGUAAAUGUUACCUGUGAAAUAUACUAUGUAUUUAUGUGUCAGCAGUUUC